AUGUUAAAAACAUAUUCAACAAAAUUUGAUUUACAAGAAAAUAUAGAAAUUGGACAAAUAGGCAAGGCGAAUGCGUGUUUCGUGGUUUUGAUUCUAAAUUUUGAUAUAGGUGGGAUUAGAAGUACGAUGAGAGAUCUUGAAGACAGGUUUAAUCGUAAAUAUAAUUAUCCCUAUGUAUUUUUAAACGAUGAGCCUUUUACGGAAGAAUUUAAAAAUUUCACAAAGGCUAUGACGAAAGCAAAAGUUGAGUAUGGAUUGGUUCCGAAAGAACAUUGGAGUAUACCAGAUUUUAUAGAUAAAGAGCUUGCUAAUGAAAAGAUUAGAAAUAGUCAGGUUCCACGUGGUAACGAAUUGACUUAUCAUCAUAUGUGCAGGUAA